AUGGAACAACAUGACGAGAAUAUCGAAGACGAAAUAUUGACCGAUAUUACGCUAACUAACGCCGAGAAAAGACAAGCAGUCAUUCACGAAAUCGAGGAGACCUAUGCUGCACUUGUGGAUACCGAGACUAUCGAGGCUCAAGUAUCCGCCCGCCGUCAAGCUUCAGAGACCCUACAGCGCCAACGAAGAUUGCCGUUGACAGCAGCUAAGCGCUUGUUGGGAUCAGAUGGAUCAUCAUUCAAUAACCAUGGCGUGACCAAAGAGAAGCACCUAUACAUUGUCGGCUCGCCCCAAAAUUUGGUCAGACUUCCUUUCGACCAGGCCGUAGAUGCUGGUCUUGAGAUUAUUCAUCCUCCUAAACAAUAUGCAUCUCCAUAUUUACCAGGCACUCUUCAUACGCUGUCACCUCCCCUACAAAAAUCUACAUCGGACGCGCCUUUAUCUGGUCCCCCUACGAGUUCAAGACGCAACCUCCAUAUUCCAGAAUGGUUCGAGCAUUUUAAAAUGCCCCUAAAAGGAAGAAAUCGCGAGGCUAGAUGGAACGAUCUAUUAAGCCGUAUCUAUACACUGGAGACAAAAAUCAGACAUGGUAGCGACGAUGAAGCAUCGGAGAAGUCUCCCUGGGAUAAGAAAUGGCAUGAGCCUAAUAAGAAAUGGCCCUUUGCCCACCGGCGGGAGCACGGUGGCUGGUGGAAAUGCAGGUCCGGUCGCGACGCCCCGGAGGCAGAGAGGAGAUGUUGGUUAUGUCACGGCCAGCCCGAAACCCCAGAGCAGGCGGCGGAAGAACGCAGUGCAAAGGAGAAACUCGACGAGCUUCAGAGCGCUAUAGAUGAGGCGAUGACCGUAGUUGGUGAGAAGGAUAAAGCUAUUGCAUUGGAGAUGCUGCGCCAGGGAGAUGCCUUCCACUAA